AUGGACGUCCCAGAUGCAGCAGAGCCUGCCAUGGGCUGUUUCUGUCCAGUACCCUCUUUUGAGAAGACUGUGACAUGCACCGUGCCCAUGGUGGAGAAAAGGAUACCUAGAAGAACAGAGGUUGCAAGGCUGGUCUUAGAGAGAAUAGGCCCCAGGACUGCACAGCAGUGUCCUUCAGCUAAUGACAGAAUGGAAGAUGAAGGCAUUCCCGUUUCCUUGGCAACAGCCUUGCCUGGCAGGCCUCUGACAUGCUCAGUGACAGAUGGUGAGAGGAGAGCUUCUGACCAAGAAUUCUUCAGGGCAGCAUGCACUGACUCAGGACACAGCCCCAUCUUGGAUCAAGAGAACCUUUAGAAAAACAGUGUUCCUGAGCUGCCUUCUUUGACACAUUUUCAUGAUUUUCACCCUAAUUUAUGCAAACUUUAGCAAGUUAUAGAUGCAUUAGCACUGACUACCACUUUGGAAAAGGAUAGGCAAAACUGUUAUUCACUUUGUAAUACCAGGAGACUUGAAAGGUACCAGUCAUUGUCCCUAGAGAACACAAUCCUGUGGGCACAAUUCAGAGAGUCGAUGAUGCCGUUACAAAGCUACGUUAGUAGCUGA